CAUCACUACUUCAAUCAGUCGUUUUCCGAUUCUUCGGAGCGAGUGACGGACGGACUGAGCAAAUUUUUAUUGUUUUCGUUUUCGCGAGCCGUCACUGGCAAAAUUACAAUUUAUAAACAAAUAAAGGGACUAUCGUGUUCGUGCUGUGAUUUAUUUUAAACUUUGUUCAUCGUGAAUUAACAGUGAUUAGAUAUGGAGGACAAGUUGAUGUUAGGCGAUGUAAAUAGCACCUUGAGAGAAAGGGUGUUUUUUGCAGCCAGGGACGGGAUGUCCUUAACUCUAUACGCGUUAUUAUACGAAAAAAACACAGACGAAAUAGAUGACCUAUUGAACAGCGAUGUCUGCUGCGACGGCGUCAAAUGCACACCCCUCAUCGCCUCAGCGCGACACGGACGUGAAGGAGCCGUCCGGAUACUACUCGACAAGUUCCGGCCGCCGGUCCGGUUGGAGACCGAAGGCACCGUGAAGUUCGACGAGUAUGUCAUUGAAGGUGCCACAGCCCUCUGGUGCGCCGCGGGCGCCGGCCACCUCGGCAUAGUGAAGCGGCUCGUCCGCGCCGGCGCGAACGUCAACCAUGCCACAAAAACGCUCAGUACGCCGCUCCGAGCGGCCUGUUUUGACGGAAGACUCGACAUAGUCAAGUAUCUAGUCAGGCAUGGAGCCGAUAUACAUAAGGCAAACAAGUACAACAACACAUGCCUUAUGAUCGCAGCUUAUAAGGGACAUUUGGAUGUGGUCCAAUUCCUUCUAGACAGCGGUGCCAGAGUGGACGAGCGGGCGCUCUGCGGCGCCACGGCGUUACAUUUCGCCGCCGAGUGCGGGCAUGCGGCGGUUGUCUGCGCCCUUAUUGAGCACAACGCUAAAAUAUUGACUAAUGAGAAUGGUAUGACACCACUACAAUGCGCAGCGGAGCGCGCGCGGGCGUCCGUGGUGGAGCUGCUGGCGGCGAGGCCGGAGGUCACGAGGCCGCAGGCCAUCGAGGCCUUCGAGCUGCUCGGGGCCUCGUUCGCCAACGACAAGGAGUACUACUGUCUCAGGAUGGCGUACCAAUAUUUACGCAAAGCCAUGGCGAUGCGAUAUGACACGCGGUACGGGUUGCUGCUCAAGAAACCCGCGGACCCGAUAGCGGCAUACGAUAAUUGGAAAGAGAGCACGACACUAGAGGAAGUGGAACGGUUGCACGGCAACGCGCACGGGCUGCACAUGGAGGGGCUGGCGGUGCGCGAGCGCGUGCUGGGGCGGCGCUGCCCCGACCUGCCGCACCCCAUCGUGUUCCGCGGCGCCGUGUUCGCCGACGAGGCGCGCUUCGACCGCUGCCUCGCUCUGUGGCGACACGCGCUGCUACUGAGGCAGCAUAACUCGGUCUCUGUGGUAAAGGACUUGCUAAGAUUUGCUCAGGUUUUCUCACAGAUGAUCCAUAUUGGAAUUGAAUUACCAUUAGAUAAGGUAUGCUACGUCCUAGAAGCGUGCGCGGAAGAACUAAGGCGGGGCACCAAAAGGCUCGAGACGCACCAACCGAACCACGAUCCGGAAUCGUUGAUAGAGGAGUAUGAGAGCAACGUGCGGACUGCACUGUACCUGGUCGCCGUCGCUGGUAGACUGUUAGAAAAUGAUGAUAAUAAUGAGGAAACCACAAGCGCAGUAAGAAGAGCAAUCUUCAGGCUACGCGACGCGAGGCUACGGUCCGGACAGACCCUGUUACAUCUGGCCGCGGACAGGCGGACGCCGGUCGACGACUUCCAUACCAGCGAUGUGUGCCAGUUCCCUUGUCCGCGAACAACACGGUUGUUGCUGGAUUGCGGUGUUGAAAUGGAUGCGGCGGACGACGCGCGACGCACUGCGCUGCACGUGGCGCUCAUCUCCUACCAGCUCAUACCAGACACGAGAGCACAGUGGGCAGCAUCGCUGCGCAGCGUGGUGUUCGAGUUGCUGGCGCGCGGCGCGCACGCGGACGCCGUCGACUGCGACGGCAUCACCCCGCUCGUCGCUGCCAUAGGUGGUCCAGCCGAGACCGUGGUCCGCGCCGCGCUGUCCCCGCGCCUCUCCUGCCUCGCCGCCGCCGCGCUCGCGCUGCACCGGCGCCGCUACCCGCCCUCGCAGACCCCGAGGGUGCUGCACUCCUUCCUAGAGAUGCACGGCGUCAAACCAGCCAAGGAGUGUUGAGAGCACCACCCGAGACAUCACCAGUGCUUGUACCCUUUCGGGAAAGUUUGAGGAUACGCUCACUAGGACCGGGCAUGUUAUGUGCGAUGAACCGUAUAGGGGGGUCACGCAUCCGAGCGGGUGUAGGGAGUAGGCCUCGGUGUAGGUGCGAUUAGUUAGUAACAUCGCCCACACUGUCAAUCGGUGGGCCUUAUGCCACCGAUGUACAGUUAGGUGUUGAUGUUUGUACGAGACUAUUGAAGGAAUAGACGGACGCGCAAAGUAGUGUCAAAUGGGUAAAUACACAUAUGUUUUAAUUGGUACCUACACAUGGGUAACAACAGUACAGUUAGUAAAACUAUUAGCUUAGCAACCCUCCACACAUUUGAAUGCAACCCUGCGCCCAUUUUGAAAAUUUGUCCGUUAUUUAAUUGUAUACCUUAUUACACAAAGCAUCAGGUCUAAAUUAGAAGUCAUUCGAAAGGAACAAGCACUCAUGAUAGUCCCCAAUUAAUUUAAGAAUAUUUCAAGCUAAAUUUUACAAACUCGUAUCUCUGACUCUUAAGAAAGAAAAAUGGAAUUCAAUAAAAAAAGUAAUUAUGAAAUACGAGUUUCUAAAAGUUAUAAUAAUGCCUCUGAAGAGGUUUUUAAAUAAUUGUUCGUUGCCAUUUCAUGAAAGUGAAAUAGUACUUUAUCAAUGAGAUGUAAAGUCUAAAAUUGAUCGACAAAUGUACAUAUAUCGAUAGGCGAUGGUGUCUUGUAAAUAUUUUGUUGGCACACGAAAAACGACUUUAUUUCUAUGUUCCUUAAGUUUUAAAUUUAAGUCUUGACUAUCACGAAAUCUUUACGAUGGAAUUGUUAAUGAUAGCAAAGAUUGUUUGGUUGUGUAAGGAUGUAAAUUAUAAGAUAAAGAUAAGUCUAAGUAAAAGAUAAAAUAUUCACUAUUUUCUUUAAAGUUAUACAGCUAAAAAUUGCCAAACGUUAACUUUUGGCAACCAGAGUAACCACAUAAUGUACGGAGCCGUUCAGCGCCAUCUGUCUAAUGAGAGACAGGAAAAACCUACGCUGGCGCCAUCUAUGCAAACCUUUGACAGUUACCAACCCCAUUCGAAGCACGAAUUGAUCUUGAACUUUACACAUCUUAUGCAAUCAAAUAAUCUUUGAUAGCUUAUCUAAAUGUAAAUGCAAUCUAUGGACUUAUUAUUGUUUUAAUAUUUCUCGACGCAAUAUCGCGUCGCGACUUUUUUUUUGUCCGAUGUAAAGCAUUUAUCUCGGAAUUUGUGUAUUUUUACUAAAAAUAUAUUAAUUAUAGAACACAGGGUUAUAUGUGUUCAAGUUUUAAAUGUGGCUCAAAAUGUUUAAUUUAAUUGUAGGGGUCAAGUUACAUGUGAUAAUGUAGUUAUAAUGUAGGGUAAGCUCCAGUGUAGUUAUGAGAGCAUUAUUAUGAACUAGAUAUAGUGCAUAAUUAUUUUCCAACGUAUUUUCACGGAAACGUACUAGCGUGUCUUGGUAUUUCAGUCAGUCUCGGUACAAAAAGUACUGACGUUGACUGAAGUAGCAUGACAAAAACGAACGUUUCCGAGAAAAUACGAUGGAAAACAAUUAUGCACUACUUCUGUACAAGAAUAAGCGUUGUUAAGUCAGUAACUUUUAAAUUUCCUAUUUUGUUACCAAAUUUUUAAAGGUUUUGAUUACGAUCUGUCGAGACCGUCUAAUCUUAAACAAUGACUAUCAUUAGAUACCGCAAAGAAAAAACAAGUAAAGUUAUUUCGAGAUUAUAAUUAUAACCAAAAUAUGACGAAAAUUGAAAAAAUAUUUUUUUUAGAUACCAUGUCAGUGGCAAAUAAGCUUACUACCCGCUUGAUGUUAAGCAGUCUACGUAGCCUAUGUACGCCUGCAACUCCAGAGGAGGUACAAUACAUAUACGUUGCCGAUCCUAACACUCCGCACCCUCGUUGAGCUCUGCAAACUGAAAGUCUAUAAGCACUUAUGAACGCCAUAUACUGAGUUCAAAACUAAUAACCAUAAUUGUAUGGUCAUAAUAGUUGCUGACUUUAACUACGUUAGUUUUUGUAAAAACUUGUUCAAAAAAUGCUCAUAAAGCGUAUCCAGAUUCGCAAAUAUAAUCCCAAUUUGAUUUAUUUUCUUACGCACUGAUUUCAAUUUCAGAUUGGUAUAAUAUUUUACAUAUCUGUAUACGCUUCUUAUCAGAUUGAAGAGUUGAGUUUUAGUUUCGACCGCUCAAGCGUGGGUCUUUAAGACCCUAUUUAUUGUGGUCACAUUGAAUUAGCCCUACAUUUUACAACUCUCAAUAUUCUCAGUACAAUAGAUGUGUUAGAAUAGUCUAGCAUUGAAAUUUGAUUAAUUAUAAAUAAAAAUAAUUGACACAAUCAAUAGUAUUGGCCUGCCUCAUAGUUUUGUCACUUUCAAGACUCAAAAUAGUCCAUUGCUCACUAAAGAGGGCGCUGUUUUUAAGCGUGUCAUUACAGCGCCAUCUGUUAAGCUUUGUGCUGGUUUUAACCUUUUUAGGGUUCUGUAGGCAAAUAGUAUUAAAAAAAUACAUUACUCAAAUAAACGCGACCAAAUGAGGCGACCGAAAAUAUAUUGUAAAUAAAAUUGAAUAGAGUAUAUAGUAUAGUUUUGAUGGUAGCUUGUUAUAUAUUACAUAGUAACGAACGCACAGAAGCGACUAUUGUAUGUAUAGAUUCAUGCCAUAUCAUCAAUUAAAAAAUAUUUUAAAAUGCUUAAUAUAGUAAAGGCCUUACCUAAAUAUUGUCCCAAUGAAAUAACUUAGAACAUAUGCGAAUUACAUAUAAAAUUAUUCGAGUCAACUGUACAUUGGUUUUUCAUAGUAUUUUCAGAUUUUCACAGAACUGGUUAUUUCAAAUAUUUUCAUUUACGAUUAAGAUUUUAUUCAACGACCUUUUUAUCAUUUCUAGUCAAAAAUCUUAGUUUUAUUAAAAUUUUCUCUGUAAAUAAAUACUAAAAUAUUUGUUAUUAUAUGCAAAAAUAUGACAUUUAUUAAACUGACGUGAAUUAUUUUUGUACAUCAUUCACUAUUUUUGUAACACCGAACAAUAUCGUACUAUUCGUACUUAUUAGAAUGGAGGUACCUGUUUGUCAAAUAAAUAAACAUAUAUUAUGUAACAUUAUAAUAUUCGAAAACUAAUGUAUUCUAUACAAUUCUCAGAUAUUUUUGCAUUACCUAUUCUAAAGUUAUUUUGAUCAGAUUAGUAACAUUAGGACGUUAAUAUGUGUCAAAAGUGUUAAAAUUUUAGUCUUAAAAUAAGAAACGAAAUAUCGCACAAAUCCAGACUGGUAACGCUGCUAGUUUUUAAAUAGGUACCAACGCUAGUGAAAAAAAAACUUGAUGUAUUUCGUUGGUUAUUCCCAUUAUUACCCACUUAAAGCUAAUUAAUUCUCUGAAAUGCCAAAUAAGAUUACUGCCCUCCUAAGCUAAAAAGCGGUAUUUGCAUUAAAUUUUCAUUGAAAAUAUGUACGUCCUUUUAGCUUAGGAGGUCAGAAUAAACCUUUUGACAUAGCUUUACAAAUGUUAAAAAAGUACACUCUUUCGUCUAAUGCAAAUUUGUGUUCGUUAUUUUACUAUUCGUAGCGGUAUGUAUACCGUAAAACCGUAUUUCGCAUUCGUUUAACCUUUGGACUUACAUUAUUAUAUAUUAGGUCAUUACCUAUGAAAUUGGCGUUUUGUUCGGAGAAUUUCAACGAAACACGAAUUUCCAUACAAUUAAUUUUGCGGAUAUUUUUUUGAUGGCUAAUUCAAACCAAACAAAAUUUUUCCAGUAAUUUUUGACACCUUUAAGGUAUGUUUUCAAUAUCUCCAUUUCUUGAAAAUUGGUACCAUUAGAAAAAUAUAAGUAAUUUUAAUACUCGAACCGACAGCACAUGAAAAGACCUAUUUUCAAGGCUUAAUUCUGAACACUUAACAAUAAAAAAUAACAAUUAAUUGUAUGUAAAAUCGUUGUUUAUUGAGUGCACUGUAGUUUUAUUGUAAUUGUGUAUGUACUUAUGUAAAAAAAAAAAAACUAGGAUCAGACUUAUAUCUAUGAACAAAAACGCCAAUUUCAUAGGUAAGGACCUAAUAAUAGGAAAUUAAAAAAAAAAUGCAGUAUGGUUACCUAUAAACACAUUUUUCACAAAUGACCAGUCAUUUGCAGGCAGCAUAUUUGAUUGUGACAGCGAAUCUGAUAUUGUACCAUCACGUUCCGCGAUUGUUGCGCCAUUUAGGGUCCCAACUAAAUUGGUUGUUCAAUACUUACGCUAUAGAAUGUCCAAUUUAGCAAGAACCCUAAAUGGCAUAUUCCCGUGUGGUGACUACAUGUACAUGGUAGGAUAUCUAGAGAGACUAGGUAAUAACUGUUAGACAGUUUUGGAAACUGUAAAAUGAUUGUAUAUAAGAUUAUUUAUCUGUGCAGAUAGACGGCGGAAUAUUUUGUCAACUGUGCGACAAAUAAAAUGUUGGAUCAAAA